AUGGAGGAGCGCGAGUGGGGGGCGAGGUCGGCGCUGGCGGGGAGCCCCGCGAACCCGCCGAGCCCGCGGCUGGAUGUCAGCUCGGACAGCUUCGACCCGCUGCUGGCCCUCUACGCGCCCUCCCUGCCGCCCAUCCCCUACCCCAACGCGCCCUGCUUCAACAACGUGGCGGAGUACGAGAGCUUCCUGAGGACCGGGGUGCGGGCGGGCGGGCGCGGGGCGCGGGCGCGGGGCGCGGGCUCGGGGGACCCCGCCGCGCCCGUCCCCGCCGCCGCCGCCGCCGCGGGGCCCCGGGCCCGCCGCCGCCCCGCCGCCCCCGCCCCGGACCCCGAGCGCAUCCAGCGCCUCCGCCGCCUGAUGGUGGUGAAGGAGGGCGGGGAGGAGGCGGCCGGGGCGCGCCGGCCGGGGCCGGGCCGGGGCCGGAAGGCGCCGCGCAACGUGCUCACGCGGAUGCCCUUGCACGAGGGCAGCCCCCUGGGCGAGCUCCACCGCUGCAUCCGGGAGGGGGUGAAGGUCAACGUUCACAUCCGCACUUUCAAGGGGCUCCGGGGUGUCUGCACCGGCUUCCUCGUGGCCUUCGACAAGUUCUGGAAUAUGGCACUUACAGAUGUGGAUGAGACCUACCGCAAACCUGCUCUGGGCAGGGCAUACGAGCGGGAUUCUUCGCUGACUCUCACGAGGCUGUUUGACCGGCUGAAGCUCCAGGAUUCCUCCAAGAAGGACGCUGAUUCCAAGUCUGCGGUGGAAGACUCCACGCUGUCUAGGCACUCACAGACGUCCACCUGGAAGGUGGCGUCGGUGUGGGGCCGAGGAGACACGGACCGGAGCGCCCGCAGGCGGUCACGCUCCGUCCCUUCCUCCCUGCAGGCUUCUGGGAGGGAGGAGUCGAGGUCGGAGCUGUCAGCGAGGACUACCCGGACCGAAGGGUCCAGUGCCGGAGGUACGGUCUCCAGGGCCACCACCCUGUCCCGGGGCCAGCCCCGGAAGAAAAAGCGAAAGCCCAAGGUGGAUUACCAGCAGGUGUUCACCCGACACAUAAAUCAGAUUUUCAUUCGGGGUGAGAACGUCCUGCUCGUUCAUCUCGCACAGUGACCACCAGCUCAGCCUCCGCCUGAGCUUUGGGUGUUAGAAAUAAAGUGCAUGUAUCUCUCCUAUACCACA